AGUACAGAGAGGAUCUCACUCUGGUGGUGAAGAAACCAAACCGAGUCCGAAGGCCUCUCAGCGCUGCAAAACAAUCCCAAACAAAAUACAUCUUUGUCUGGGGCUCUGAAAGCUCUUUGUAACGUGAAACAGGGAGGUUAGAAAGAACAAUCAAGCCAAGGUAUGUAACCGAUCGAAGCAGCAGCAACAGAAGAAAGAAAAAGAAGCAGAGAGAUAAUUAAGGGGAGUAUUAAUUGUUCUUGUCUUUCCCUUCCUCAUCUAUAAUCUUGAAACUUGCUGGCGUGGUGAUCGAUCUUUGAUAUAAGACGAUCGAUCAACCAUGCCAAGCAAGAUCAGGAAGGCGAUUGGGGUCAUGAAGGACCACACGAGCCUUAGCCUCGCCAAGGUUUCAUACAAUAAUUCCUACAACCUUGACAUCGCUGUGCUCAAGGCCACCACCCAUGAAGAGGUUCCGGUAGAAGAACGGUACGUGAAUGAGGUUGUCAUGCUCACUUCCACCUCCGACCUGCACGCGGCAGGCUGCGUUCAGGCAAUAGCCAAGCGCAUAGGUCGAACUCGAAAUUGGGUUGUCGCGGUUAAGUCCCUCACGCUCGUUCUUAGAAUAUUUCAAGAGGGCGAUCCGCACUUCCCUCGGGAAGUCCUCCACGCUAUGAAGCGCGGCAGCAAAAUUCUCAAUCUUUCAAGCUUCCGAGACGGCUCUUAUUCAAGCCCCAUGGACUAUUCAGCUUUUGUGCGUACCUUCGCCCUCUACCUCGACGAGCGCCUCGACUGCUUUCUCACGGGCAAGUUCCACCGGCGCGCUGCAAAUAAGCAUAGGGACCAGCACAACCGUUCUCGGCGGUUGCAUGAUCCCAUUUCUAAUAUGAUGCCACCAGUGUUGAUCGAUAACAUCUCCUGCUGGCAGCGUUUGCUUGAUCGGGUGAUCGCCACCCGCCCCACCGGUGCCGCCAAGCAUAAUCGUUUGGUGCACAUAGCUCUCCACUCAGUGGUGCGGGAGAGCUUUGAUCUCUAUCGGGAUAUCUCUGACAGUCUCGCACUUCUCCUCGAUCGCUUCUUUCACUUAAAAUACCAAGUCUGCGUUGAUGCCUUUCAAACGUGCAUUAGGGCCUCGAAGCAAUUUAAAGAGCUAUCAGACUUCUAUGACUUGUGCAAGAGCAUUGGCGUCGGACGAACGUCCGAGUAUCCGAGUGUGCAGAAGGUAUCUGAUGAGCUCAUAGAUACGUUAAGAGAAUUUCUCAAAGACCAUGCUUCUUUCCGAAGGCCACCUAAUAUGCUUCUCCCUGCCUCGACCGUCGUCAACACAUCAAAUUGCGAGCGGCUGCUGCCUGAAGCUUCUCGACUAUCCGACGGCGAAACAUCCGAACAUCCAGCAAGGGUGUCAGAGGAGAGAAGCUUAGAGACAGAGGAUGAGAAAAGUGUGACUAAUAUUGGAGGAUCAAGCCCAUGCUCAUCCGUCUCCACUGAUCAAGAACAAUCUGAGAUACAAUCCCAACUUGAGGAUUUGACGGGAAUGAAUGAAUGGGGAACAAGCUCGUGCCCGUCACCGUCAGUGGUGUCUGUUGGGCAAAGAAGUUUAGGUUCAAGUCUUGAUCUAGUACGACUGUUCGAUGAUCAGCCCCGACAAGAAGAGGGGCAACGGCGAUCAGUUUCGGGAUCGGUUGCAGCGGAAAGGGAGGGUUGGGAGCUUGUGUUAGCGGAAACUGCGAAUGACAUAUCAUCCAACCCCGUCCAAUCGAGUAAAAACGAACCCUUGUUUAACAGUGAUAGACUGUCUGAUCAGUGUUCGUUCCUUCAACAAAAAUCCCACAACAACAAUCCCUUCCUCCAAGACAUGGGUUAUGAGAUAACCACGCAAGCCAUCAUCCCGCCCAUUGCCGAUGUUCUCUCUUCUUUCCCAACAUUUCAAGUACCCCCGACGUCUUGUGCACAAGGCCCCAGUGGCACUGACACGACGGCGACGGCGACGGCGACGGUACCAUCGCAAAUUCAAAACGACCCCUUUGCAUCAUGCAAUCCCAUGGCCAAUGUAGGCAAUUUGUCGGAUGGAGACGGCUCCAUGAAUCAACAUCAUCAACAACUGUGGCUGCAAACACUAAAACAAGAUCAUAGCGCGAGGAAUGUAGCUUGAUUGUUUUUUCUUUAAUUUCUUUCCUUCAAAGGCAUUUUAUUGGUAAAGGAAAAAAAGAAAGGCAAUGGAAUUUCUG